AUGCCGCUGCUUACCUCCUUGGCCUUUGCGCCUGUCCUCCUCAAGACCGGAGGGGCAACACUGGUAGCAACAGGCGGUAGUACAUCUUUAGCUGCAACAACAACUGCAGCAGCAGCAGGAGGAGGAGCAGCAGCAGCAGGAGGGAAGGUCCUUGGUAUAGCUAUGUUAACAAAAGGUGUAUCUAGUGCAGCAAAGAGCGGUGCCUUCACCAAAGUUGGCGGCAGCAGCGCAGCAGCAGCAGGACAUGCAUUCCUUUCUACAAGUCAUUCAGCAGGAGCAGGUGCUGCUGCUGCAGCACCAGCUGCUGCAGUACCAGCUGGUGCAGUACCAUCAGCAACAGCAGCAGGAGCAGGAGCAGCAACAGCUGCCCCAGUGUCAUCAACAACCCUUGCUGCAGCAGGUUCAGCAGCAGCAACAGCAGCAGCAGCCCCAUUAAUAAUGGCGGCUGCCCCUGGUUCAGAUGCCGCAGUUGGUGCAGCAACAGGAGCAAUACCUGCAGCAACAGCAACAGCAGCAGCAGGUGCAGCAGGUGCAGCAGCAGGAGGAGGAGGAGGAGGAAUUGCUGCAGCAGCAGCAAACCAUGCAAAACAUUUUACUAUGAUAGCAACAGUAGUAGGUAUAAUGGCAUUAAGAGCAAUAAUAAAUAAAUAUUGGUUAUCUUCCCCUUCUUCUUCCUCCUCUUCCUCUUCCUCCUCUUCUUCUUCCUCCUCCUCUCCUUUUUCUUUUAUUAAUAAUAAAAAAAAUAAAUUAAUAAGAAGAGUAACUAGAUGGUCUAAGGAAGAACAAAUACAAGUAGAGGUAGAGGUCGAAGAAUUUGGCCAAAUUCCUCAGCUACCUUUUAAGGAUGAGGGAGGCAGCAGCAGCAGCAGCAGCAGCAGCAGCAGCAGCAAUAAUAAUAAUAAUAAUAAUAAUAAUAAUAAUGUUGUUAUUGUUGAGGCGGGUACAGGUGCUGCUGCUGGUGAGGGAGAUGCUGCUGCUGGUGGUGCUGCUGCAUCUGCAGCAGCAGCAGCAGCAGCAGAAGCAGCAGAAGGACGCAGCAAAGUAUCUGCUGCAGCAAGAACAGAUGCAGGACUAACAGAUAUAGAGACAACAGCAUCUACACAAGAAACAAGAACAAGAAAAAUAACUUAUAUAAGAAGAACAAGAGGAAAAUUACAUAGAUUCCUCUAA